AUGGCUAUCUUUUAUGUAGAAAUUCCAGUUCGUGUUGCUGGACAUGGAGCAACUGUGACUCUGAAGGAUUUUUGGAUGCUGGAAGAGGUGGGAUGCUCUGCUUUUGUUUCAGGAGUAUCGACAUCAGGGGCUCUGGGCCCAGGGAGCACCACCGUCAGCACCACACCACGAGUGGCCACCAGCAGCACCGGCCGCCCCACCACCACCUCAGCCUUGGGCAGGAGGAACAGGAGCACCAGCACACCAUCUCCCAUGGCUGACGUCCCCGACGAAAUGACCACGCACCUCCCACCCGCCUCCUCCCAGUUGCCACCGGCUGGCACAGAGAGCUGCGACCCAAUGGAAGCCCGUGAUAUUAUGUGGUCUCGGACUCGGCAGGGCCAGGUGGCAAAGCAGCCAUGUCCCAUGGGCUCAAUAGGUGUUGCAACUUUCCGGUGUCUUGCGCCAGAUGGGGUUUGGGAGCCCCAAGGACCUGAUCUCAGCAACUGCUCUUCUCCCUGGAUCAACCACAUCACUCAGAAGAUGAAGUCAGGGGAGAUGGCUGCCAACAUUGCCCGGGAGCUUGCAGAGCACACAAAAAACCACUUGUACGCUGGUGACAUCACGUACUCUGUGUCUGCCAUGGUCCAGCUGGUGAACUUGCUUGACGUGCAGCUCCGAAACCUGACUCCGGGUGGGAAGGACAGUGCUGCACGCAGCUUAAAUAAGCUUCAGAAAAGGGAGCGCUCUUGCAGGGCCUAUGUCCAGGCCAUGGUGGAGACAGUGAACAACCUCCUGCAGCCACAGGCUCUGAACGCGUGGAGGGACCUGAAUGCAAGUGAACAGCAGCGCGCAGCCACCAAGUUACUCGACACCGUGGAGGACAGUGCCUUUGUGCUGGCUGAUAACCUGCUGAAGACAGACAUCGUCCGGGAAAACACUGACAACAUCCAACUGGAAGUUGCGAGACUAAGCACCGAUGGUAAUCUGGAAGACCUGAAGUUUCCCCAGAACAUGGGCCAUGGGAGCGCCAUUCAGCUGUCAGCAAAUACCUUGAAACAAAAUGGCCGAAACGGUGAAAUCAGGGUGGCUUUUGUGCUGUACAACAACCUGGGCACCUAUCUCUCUACGGAGAAUGCCAGCAUGAAGUUGGGAACAGAAGCAAUGUCGACUAAUCACUCUGUCAUUGUCAACUCCCCUGUCAUCACAGCAGCAAUAAACAAAGAGUUCAGCAAUAAGGUUUACCUAGCUGAUCCUGUGGUGUUUACUGUCAAGCACAUCAAGCAGUCAGAAGAAAAUUUCAAUCCAAACUGUUCAUUCUGGAGCUAUACAAAGCGUACAAUGACAGGGUAUUGGUCCACCCAGGGAUGUCGCCUCCUGACAACUAACAAGACGCACACCACAUGCUCCUGCAAUCACCUAACCAACUUUGCAGUCCUGAUGGCACACGUGGAAGUUAAGCACAGUGAUGCAGUCCAUGACCUGCUCCUGGACUUUAUCACGUGGGUUGGCAUCCUGCUCUCACUAGUCUGCCUCCUGAUCUGCAUCUUCACCUUCUGCUUCUUCCGUGGGCUGCAGAGCGACCGCAACACGAUUCACAAGAACUUGUGCAUCAGCCUCUUUGUGGCAGAACUCCUCUUCCUCAUUGGUAUCAACCGCACUGACCAGCCGAUUGCCUGUGCUGUCUUUGCUGCCCUCCUGCACUUCUUCUUCCUGGCGGCUUUCACCUGGAUGUUCCUGGAGGGGGUGCAGCUCUACAUCAUGCUGGUGGAGGUUUUUGAGAGCGAACACUCCCGGAGGAAGUACUUCUAUUUGGUUGGCUACGGCAUGCCUGCGCUGAUUGUGGCUGUAUCAGCAGCGGUGGACUACCGGAGCUAUGGCACAGACAAAGUAUGUUGGCUCCGACUUGACACUUACUUCAUUUGGAGCUUUAUAGGACCGGCGACCUUGAUAAUUAUGCUUAAUGUCAUCUUCCUUGGGAUCGCUCUCUAUAAAAUGUUUCAUCAUACUGCCAUACUGAAACCCGAAUCUGGAUGUCUUGACAAUAUCAACUAUGAGGAUAACAGACCCUUCAUCAAGUCCUGGGUUAUAGGUGCAAUAGCCCUACUCUGCCUAUUAGGACUGACCUGGGCCUUCGGACUCAUGUAUAUCAAUGAAAGCACAGUCAUCAUGGCGUAUCUCUUCACCAUAUUCAAUUCUCUGCAGGGAAUGUUUAUAUUCAUUUUCCAUUGUGUCCUCCAGAAAAAGGUACGUAAAGAGUAUGGAAAAUGCCUGCGCACACAUUGCUGUAGUGGGAAAAGUACAGAGAGUUCUAUCGGCUCAGGAAAAACCUCGGGGUCACGGACACCUGGAAGAUAUUCCACAGGCUCACAGAGCCGGAUUCGUAGGAUGUGGAAUGACACAGUUCGAAAGCAGUCCGAGUCUUCCUUUAUUACUGGAGAUAUAAACAGUUCAGCUUCACUCAACAGAGGAGCCAUGGCUAAUCAUCUUAUAACCAAUGCUCUGCUUCGUCCUCAUGGCACUAACAACCCUUAUAAUACAUUGCUCGGGGAAUCGGCGGUCUAUAACAACCCUUCUGUCAGCAUGUACAACGCACAAGAGGGGCUUCUGAACAAUGCCAGGGAUACAAGUGUCACGGAUACUCUACCACUGAAUGGUAAUCACGGCAACAGCUACAGCAUCGCCAGCGGCGAGUACCUCAGCAACUGCGUGCAAAUCCUUGACCGCGGGUACAACCACACCGAGAACGCCCUCGAGAAAAAGAUCCUGAAGGAACUCACCUCCAACUACAUCCCUUCCUACCUGAACAACCACGAGCGCUCCAGCGAGCAGAGCCGCAACCUGAUGAACAAACUCGUCAACAGCGUGGGCGGAGGGAGCGAGGACGAUGCCAUCGUGCUGGACGACGCCACCUCCUUCACCCACGAGGAGAGCCUGGGCCUGGAGCUCAUCCAUGAGGAGUCGGACGCCCCACUGCUGCCCCCCCGGGUGUACUCAGCGGACAACCACCAGCCCCACCUCUACAGCCGGCGGCGCAUCCCGCAAGACAACAGUGAGAGCUUUUUCCCCUUGCUGACCAACGAGCACACGGACGACCUCCAGUCGCCCAACAGGGAUUCUCUCUACACCAGUAUGCCCACGCUGGCUGGCAUGCCCAUGACGGAAAGUGUCACCGCCAGCACCCAGACCGAUCCCCCACCAGCCAAAAGCAGUGGUGGCGAUGCCGACGAUGUUUAUUACAAAAGCAUGCCCAAUCUCGGCUCCAGGAACCACGUCCAUCAGCUACACACUUAUUACCAGCUAGGUCGAGGCAGCAGCGAUGGUUUUAUAGUCCCGCCAAACAAAGAGGGAACCCCCCCGGACGGCAAUGCAAAAGGACCCGCUCACUUGGUCACUAGUCUAUAG